AUGCUGCCGCUCUCCAGUCCGUGGAGCGAACGUCAACGCCGGGCCUCGACACUGCUCCUGGCCGCGGUCGUGUUCUGCAUCGUCCAAGCCGCUGCUAGCUUUCCAGCAGACAAAACGUGCCCUCGAGCCAUCGACUGUGCCAAACAGGGACGCCUUCUGUGCAAGACAGGCGACUCAAUCUGUGGCCCCUGCCUCUCAUACCUGGUGGAGAAUGAGAUGGGUCGCUGUGUGGCCCAGAAGAAACAUCGUCGUCACGAUAAAGCCCCAUUAUAUCCAGACUUGGAUGAAGAGAUCGAUUUCAUCCACUCAUACAUUGAAAAACAGGAGGUGUCUGCGAUUGAAACACCCAAAACACAAUUGAAACCUCCCGUCUUCUACACCAAUGGCGGAAGCAAGAUAGCUGCCUCCGAACAGGGGCAGUCAGGCCAACUUAGCUUUGCAGCCAAAACCCGUAACGGCACCGCUGCAGCCUCUGGUCGAGCAGGUCUUACCAAUACGUCCAACCCCCAGCCUACCGGAGUAGAUGGACGAGCAGGUCCUCUUAUAGAGAAUGCCCACAAGGACGAUAAGCUCAUCAUCAUUGUCAUUUCCAUUUUUGUGGUGGUUGGCACGAUAGCAUUGAUCCUGGCGACAGUUUGCUAUGUCAAGUUGCAGAAAGAAUCACGCCUUGCUCAGAAGGUGGACUAUCCCGCCUUCAGGGGAGCAGGUGUGACCGCCUCCACAGGACCAAGUAAAUCGAUUGGGGAUAAAACUUUAGCAGAAAGUGCUCAAAUGUACCACUAUCAACACCAAAAACAGCAGAUGCUCUCCAUUGGAAAUCACAAACCGGAACAAAAAGUCAUUGACGCCGAAGUCACCUCAGAUGAGGAAGAGGCUGGUGACUUCACAGUGUACGAGUGUCCAGGACUUGCCCCGACCGGCGAGAUGGAAGUGAAAAACCCUCUGUUUGACGACUCCAUGCAUUAUCAGGGGAAUCAAAAGUGA